GUCCACCUGUAGGUUCGUUCCUGAAUGAAAAUGCAAAGUUUGUUGUUGUGCCCUUUCUUCCGGUGGCCGGUCACGAUAUAUCACGAGCCGGAUUCAGAAUCACAAUUCUGCUCGUUCAGGGCGUAACUAAGCAAGCACUUUUCCUUCCCUCGAUUGUCAGGACGAUCAAAGAACGAGAGUGUUGUAUUUUGUAUGAUUAAGUAAUCGCAGCAGCUUGCAGGUAGUUCUAGUAGCCGACCAAGGGAAAUGGAAAUGGCUGCUCAGCCGGCAGACAAAAGAUGGAAGACACGACACAUUCCGUCGACGGCCUUAGCGAACGGACUGGACAGUAUCUCCUAGUUCAGCGCUCGGACGGGUCGCGAAUUACCGCCCCGCCAGGGAUCGGCGUAGAGUACCGAAAUCAUGCCGUGAUCGAAUUUCUAUCCCUUUGCCGCUGCUUUUGUACCGCGAGGGGAUACGAAAGAAUCAUCCAAGACCAUGCGGAGUCGCUUGCCCGUAACCUCACGACGUGGCGCUACAAGUUCGCGCUCUCGGACGCAGCGGCGGACCAGAUCGGGGCGCGGUUAGUUAGCGCCGACUUGCUUCGGGUUUUGGACGGGGUUGAUGGUUUCGGGCAGCGUGGUCGUGGCUGCCUUUUCUACCAGGUGGCGCUACACUUCAGCGAGGAGCAUUCCGGGAUACCACUAGGAUGUGCGAACAGAAAGCGUAUGCUGGAACUACUGCGCCUUCGCGUUGUGCGUGAACAUCAGGUUCCUGCAACAGCCGCGGAGCUACGUAGACCUUGUGAUCUGCAGCGCUGCGUGGUAGAACGAUGCCAGACGACUGGAACAAACUCGAACGCCGUGCGUUAUUUUCUUGGUGUAGCGCGAAAACAACAGCAACAGACCGGGGCUCUUCGCAGCAACGAUGGGAGUAGCUGUGAUCCGCAAAUCAACAUGGAUCUGCUGGAAGCAGUUGGGUUUUUCCGAUUUCACUCACUGCAGCACCAAUUAGCCAGCAUCUGGAAGUCUGAGUUCCAGCAACCCGAGAGCGCUGCUCGGUGCGCGGUCCGGCCCGCUUUGGCGCUGCUGAUGGCGAAUCUAGCGGCGGUGACAUCCACGGAUCUCGUAUACGAUCCCUUUUGCGGCAGCGGGAGCCUGCUGCGCCUCCCGGGGAUUAUUAUCGACGUUGCAUUGGGGUCGGACCUGGAGCCGGACGGUGCUCCAGCUCGGUGCAGACACGGAUUUUUUCGAGCCAACGCAAGCCACACUGGACUGCUCCGGCGCUGCAGUGCCAUCGUGUCCGACCCGCCGUUCGGGCUGCGGGAGGGCGACUGGCGUGCGAGACGCUUCGCAGCGGUGUGUGAACAGACCGACCAACGUCACCGAACCUCUGCGGUGGACAUCGACGAAUGCAGCGGGGUCAUCUCGCCAGCGCCGGGGAAGAUCAUUAACUACCAGAAUAAGUGUUACAUCCAGGACCACAGCGGCGAGGAGCUACUCCAGAAGGCGUUGAACCACGCCCAGCAUUUGUUCCGGCACGCGAAGCAACUUUUACCACACCACGGCCGGGUGGUGUUUCUGUUUCCGAUCUUUCCCUGCCAGCAGCACCUAGGUUUCUGGGGUGCAGCAGAAUACACGCACGCAAUGUGGAAUCUCUUGAAUACAAUCGACAAAAAUGAUAUUAACGGAAUCCAUUUUCAGUUUCGAUCUUCAGGACUGCGACUCCUCAGCGCCACCGAAUCUUCAUGUCGAUCCAGAGCCAUGUCCCGAUUGGUAGUAGUAAUGGAAAAAGAUGACAGCAGUGAAUAGAUGCAAGCUUCCGAAAAAAGCGAGAUGCUUGUUGUAAU